UAAGAAGCAGUUUGUUUGUCAGGAUGAGAUCGACUAGUUUUUUUGUGUUCGUGUUGGUUCUUCUCUUCAUUCACUCUGAAACUCUGCAGAUAGGUCAAUCAUUAACAGACCCGCAGGAAGCAGAACCAACAACCCAACCCACCCCCCUUCAGGUCACCAGCCCCGCACCCCCAACCUCUGCAGCCCGAGACCAAGACCCGUUUCUGGGUCCGUCUGAGUGUCUGGAGAAGAAGUUAACUCGUAAUUCAUGUCACCUGGUUUUUUGCGCUCCGUGGGAGCGUUGCAUCGAAGGGACUUGCUCCUGUAAGCCGCCAUACUUGUGUCCUGUCGACAACACCACCUUCGUCUGUGGGCGGGACCACAGAACCUACACCUCCUACUGCCAGGUUAUGGCUUACUCGUGCCGCGUCAGACGACCCGUCAUGUCUCACUUUGGACAGAAGUGCGGAGAACCUUACGAAAAGUUCACGAGUUCACGGGACGAAGAGACGGGAGUGGUAAUGGUCAACCUUCCUCAGACUGGAAGCACCAGUACGGAGAAAUUGCUGGUGUGCUGGAAGCUGUGGAACAUGGCGACUGCUAACGUCUUCUGCAAGGAGCACGGACAUCGACUCGGAGCAGCGAAGGCAGAUUUCAUAAAACACAAAUCCCUCGGCGGGCAGUUCCCAGACGAAUGUGUUAGCGUCCGCUGCCAAGGUUACGAGAAUUCCCUCGCUGAGUGUGUAAUCUACGACAGGGUCUCCCUUGGCAACAGGAAGGUCGCUACGGUAACCUGUUACGUCGAAUCGAACGCACCAAAAGAGGACGAGUGUGACUUCAUGUGUGCAAACAGGAAGUGUGUGUCUCUGAACCAGACUUGUGAUGGAGUCGAUGACUGUGGUGACCGCAGCGACGAGAUGUGCUGCAAAAGUUGCAGGAACCAGGCUUUCCGCUGUAAGACUGGUGUGUGUGUGGAUCGAGACGCACUUAGAGACGGACAUAUCGACUGUCUGGAUGGCGAGGACGAAUCAAAGAAACACACAAUGGGCAACAGUGAGAUACACACACGCUCUAGCCAUCAAGAGCACGUGCGGUCGCAACCACUACCUGAAAACACAAUGUACGUCAGUCCCAAAGAAGAAACGAGGAUCAGCCGUCAUAUUCUGGAGUCCUCGCUGAUGUGUGGGAUUCCCAACAUGACCAAUGUGGACGAUGAGGAGGUGAACGAGCGAGGACGGAGCAGCCGAGUUAAGAGAGUUGUGGGGGGAGUCCCAGCAAAACCGACUCAGAUCCAGUGGCAGAUUGCGCUUGAAGAGAACCGGAAGAUCGACUGUGGGGGCGCGUAUAUCGGAGGAUGCUGGGUAAUCACUGCGGCUCACUGCGUCAGGCCCAACCCGUCUGCCUUCAGGGUGAAGUUCUCUCUCUGGAAGAAGUCCAGAGCUCAGGGCACGACCGACAUCGUUCCUGUGGCAGACAUUCACAUCCACCCUAAAUACAACGCCAGCUCCUAUGAGAACGACAUCGCUCUGGUGGAGCUGGAGAAACUUCCCUUCCUGGAGAAAUGUUUUGAGGACAACCCGGCCGUGAGCGCUGUCUGCGUUCCCUGGUCGACUCACCUGUUCCAGCCCAACCACACCUGCAGCAUCUCAGGAUGGGGACGAACCGCAGAUAAAGAAACAUAG